UUCUCAAGGCAUCUCCUAUAGAGGGAAAAAAGAGAGAUGGAGAUUAAUGAACAAGGUUUCUUAGAGGAAUUAUUAGCUCUAAGAAGAGAGAAUUGGGACACAAAUCCAACAGAAAUGAGUGAGAUUUUCUCUAAUGGAAGCUGGAAUUUUGAUUGCUUUGAUGAUCAUAGACCUCCAUCAUCAAGCUUUCUCCCAAGUUGUUUCAGCCAUGAACUUCCACUGCCAUUUCACCAGGAUUUCAGCUACAACUUCAAUGAAAUCUACUGUCCGUUCGUCGAUGAAUUCGCUACGGAUUCAUCGAACAACACGUUCGAUACACCCCCGUUUCCGGUUCGGGAAGAUCACUCAUUGAACAUGGUGGAAAGAGGAGAACAAGAGGAAGAGUCGGGGUUCCUUGUUGACAAACUUCACAAGCUGGAUGUCAAAGCUACUUGCAAAAUCGAGCCUGUUCAAAUCCAAUCUCCCGAGCCACCGGUUUUCGACUUCGAGGCACGCUUGGAACCCAAGAAUCGAGCUAAGAAAUCGGAAGGGCAGCCUUCGAAGAAUCUAAUGGCAGAGAGGAGGAGGAGAAAAAGGCUAAACGAUCGCCUCUCCAUGUUGAGAUCCAUCGUGCCUAAGAUAAGCAAGAUGGACCGAACAUCAAUCCUUGGAGAUACUAUAGAUUAUAUCAAAGAGCUCUUGGAGAGGAUCAAAAUGUUGCAGAAAGAGAUUGCAGCAAGUUCGAACGAGUUAAAUACGGAUCACAUUUUCAAGGCCGAGAAACCGAAUGAAAUCUUAGUGAGAAAUACACCAAAGUUCGAUGUCGAAAGACGAAAUGGGGAUACGAGGAUCGAGAUUUGCUGCAGAGGGGAUCCAGGGUUGUUGUUAUCAACUGUGACAUCAAUGGAAUCACUGGGGCUUGAGAUUCAACAAUGUGUGAUUAGCUGUUUCAAUGAUUUUGCAUUGCACGCUUCAUGCUCUGAGGACUUGGAACAGAGAACAUCAAUGAGCUGUGAUGAUAUAAAGCAGGCGUUGUUUAGAAAUGCUGGCUAUGGUGGAAGAUGUUUGUAAACUGUAGGACCAAAAAUUAAGCUACUUUAUGAUCAACUUUUAUUAUGUUUCCACAAGUUCUCCAUUUUUUUAAAUGUCCAUGUUCGACAGUCGUGUUUUAUAAAUCUUUAAAUAUGAGUAUGGAAAUAGCUAUAUUAAAUAAUAUUCAUAUUCGAUACUCGAGCUCGAA